AUGCCUGCAGACUCCGGUUCAGCAGAUCAAGAACCCGAGACUUGGGGCAGUCAAAUUAAAUAUGUCCCCGUUCGUCUUGUCAAGGACGUGAACAGUUUCAAAGCAGCAUUGAAGAGACACUAUGGUGAAGGAGUGACGCACCCUAUCAAGGGCUCACACACAGAAGAGGCCGUCUAUGAGGUUAAAGCACCCAAAGCGAAUACAGGACCCACAGAUCUGGUGAAGACUCUCCAGGAGGAGGAUGUCCUUAAGAAAGAGGGAUGA